AUGUCAGGGGAUUGUGGAUAUAAGUGCUUGAAAAUCUUGGUUGUUUUCUUCAAUUUGUUAUUUUGGCUUGCUGGCUGUACUCUGUUUUGUCUCGGCACAUGGCUGCUCAGCAACAAGGAAGAAGUAGCAGGGGACUACACCAAGCUUACAGGAUCAGUUAAUUACAAGGCUGCACCGAUUCUGUGUGUUGUCAUCGGAGUAGUGACCAUUGUAGUAGCUUUCUUGGCCUGUUGCGGAGCAAUCAAAGAAAGCCAGUGCAUGCUGGGGUCUUACUUUGGAUUUAUUACACUUAUUUUUGUUCUAGAGAUCACAGCCAUUGUUCUCACUUACGUUUACAGAGAACAAAUCGAGAAAAACUUGCGAGGAGACAUAAAAGACACUCUUAACAGAUACAAAGACCAUGAUUACGAGUCUGUCACCAGAGCAAUCGACGAAAUUCAGGCAAGUUUCAAGUGUUGUGGAAAUGAUAAAUAUAAGGACUGGUUCAACACCAAAUGGGGAAGAAAUAACAAGGGAUCUGUUCCAAAAAGUUGUUGCAAAGACCCCAAAGAUGAUACAUGUAACAAGAAUGUAACUCAAGACCUUACAAAAAUUUACACUAAAGGAUGCUAUGAUUUUGUUCGAAAAUAUUUGUUAAACAACCUUCAUGUGAUUAGUGGAUUUGGAAUCUGGAUUGCCGUCAUUCAAAUAAUGGGGAUGAUCUUUGGUUUGUGUUUGUGUUGUCAAAUCAGGCACGGAAAUGAUACUUAUGUUUGA